CGAACCCAGUGAAAAAAAAGGAGGUACGAAAAUGGCGAUUCUAUCGGCAAGCUCUACAGUGAGAGCUGCCUUGGACACGAAACAGAGGCUUCCGUACAAUCGCAAUGCGCCUCGGAAAGUGAAGAAAAACCCUAUUCCUAGCACCUUCGCGCCUCCGCCAUCUCCGUCUACGGCAGCUGUCUUAACGACAGGGACCGGCGUAUCUGUCGCCGAUCUGCUCAAGCGCCCGGCAGUCAAAGAAAUAGCUGAUGAAUCUGGUGAUACCUAUCUGGGAUAUGAGAGAUGGCUUCCAAGUCCUCCCAAAGUGGAGAAGCCUCGAUCCAUUUUCAAUGCUGCCUCCCUUGCAUUUGUUGGUGACUCCAUCUAUGAGUUGUAUGCUCGCAGGCAUUUUCUUUUCCCUCCACUUAGUAUUGAAGAAUAUAACGAUCGUGUUAGAGCUGUUGUGCGAUGUGAAGCCCAGUAUGCAUUGCUGCAGAAGCUGAUGGAAGAUAACCUCUUAACAAAGGAAGAAAGAGAUGUACUCCGGUGGGGAAAGAAUGUAGGUUCAGUCAAAACACGUACAAGAAGGCGUGCUGGUGUUGCUGUCUAUAACAAGGCAUCAUCAUUGGAAACACUAAUUGGUUAUCUGUACCUGACGGAUGCGAAAAGAUUGGAUGAGAUCAUGGAGAAGCUAGGAUUCUCGAGUGGUCGUUCAACAGAGGUGAUCGUAGAGGAGGCCAAGCGUAAACUAUCAGUACCUGACCAACCCAGUAAGUAAGCAUUCUAUAAGAGCAUAAACUGUCUCAUCUUUUUGUCCGAAUUCCGCAUCACUGAGUGGUGUAACGUCUUCUCCUUCCUCGUUUCCCAUAUGGGCAUAGGAUUAAUUCAAUCAGUUGCUGAAAAAAUGAGUCUUGAGUUAUAGGAUCUUAAUCCAACACCAUAUAUAUAUAUAUAAAUAUAUAAAUGGCCUGUAAUAUACGAUUCCAAGUUUCAUGUUAAAAGGCAAGGACUCCGUAUCUUUGCACAGAGUA